CAAAUCACAGGGGAAAGAAAUCAAGGCAGCAAAAGUCACCAACACCACAAUAAAUGCCACCCGCUGUUUCCGAACUGAGUAUUAAAUGCAGCAGCUGGAGCAUCAUCUACCCACCCUCUCUUCCCUAACCUCCCCUUUCUCUUACCCUUUCCUUUCCCCCCACCAAAUGGAUCCUCCUCUUCCCCCCAAAUGUCCACCCCUGCCCCUUCUUCCCCUAACUAUCUCACCAACUUAGGCCUCGGCUACUCUAUCGCCAUCGCCCUCGGCUUCCUCGUCCUCCUCUCCACCAUCCUCCUCGCUUCCUACAUCUGCUGCCGCUCUUCCUCUUCCCCAAGCGCCUUCUCUCCCAACCCCACCACCGCCGUCGCCGCCUCCAACUCCGAUGGAAUCAUCCUCCCCAGGAUUAUUUUCGUUGCCGAAGAUGAAGAUAAUGAAAGCGUCGUCGUUGGACUUGACCAAGCCGUUAUAAAUUCUUACCCCAAGUUCCAGUUUAGUAAAGAGGCGGCUGCUGCGAAUUCUACUAAUGCAAACACGACAUGCUCGAUUUGUUUGUGUGAGUAUAGGGAUUUGGAGAUGUUAAGGAUGAUGCCCGAGUGUAGGCAUUAUUUCCAUGUUUCUUGUAUCGAUGCUUGGUUGAAACUUAAUGGGUCUUGUCCUAUUUGUCGGAACUCGCCACUUCCAACUCCACUUUCUACGCCCUUGUCGGAAGUCGUACCUUUGUCUCAGUACGCUGCGGAUCGAAGGAGGAGGAGGUGACUUUUGGGGGGGGCAUUCUUCUUGUCCUUUUUUAAAUAUUUUUGUUUUGGUGGAUGAUUUCUUUCCUUUUCUUAUUUGGGGUGUGUUCUGGGGUGUUUUAGAGGGCUGAGGGGGAUUUGUAUAGUAUUUUUUUUUCUUUUUUCUUUUGGCUUUUUUUGGGGGUUAGGUAGGGAACAGGGAAAUUGGGUAGUGGAGUUUUUUGCUCAAUGGAUUGUUAUUUUGGUUGUUUAGGGGGAAAAAAAAGAGAGUAUUAGGUGCUUUGUGCUGAGCAAGAAUUGGGUGAUGAGAAGUUGAUUCACAUCAAUUGAGAGUUCUUUUUAGUCAUGGAAUUUGUUUCAUAAAUUAUUUUCUCCAAACUUACUUGUGAAAUGCAUAAUUUGCACCCUUUUUUGAUU